GUUUUCUACGAGAGUUCUUUUCAAUUGGCGGCAUUUACAUCAGUCCUUCAUCUUCAUACUUUUUAAAGUGUUUUGCUUGUUGUGUUGCUCUUUAAAUGUAUUGAUUGACAAUUUCGCAUACCAUUUUCGUUCUUGCUUUAGUCGAUGUUUUCUUCAAAGACAAUGAAUUCUAAGAAACGUAAAGCUGAUGAUGAUGACAGUUCAGAUUCAAAAGAAUCCUUCAAAGAUAAAAUUAUGGAAAAUGAAUCCGCAAAUAUUAAUACGUCCAAUUGCGGAAGCGAUGAAUGUGGGAAUUCAACGGAUCAACAAACAUCAGACAAUGGCGGUUCAUCGGAAGAGCCAGGUACUAGUGAAAAAGUUUUUGAAGAACAAUGCAAUGAUUCUGUUAAUCAGUCAUCUGAUCAUCGGGAAGAACAGAAGCAAACUCGCUUAGAAGGACCUGAAACUGCUGGAGUACUACUUUUUUGUGGAGGUACAAAUUGGGAUUUGAUUGGUCGUAGAGAAUUACCCAAAAAUGCAAAAGAUGCUGUUGGUAAGAAUUUAUGGGGACCUCAUCGAUUGGCUUCUCUUCAAGGAAUUCGGGUCACAGGAGUUUUCUCUGGCAGCUGUGCUGUUCACAGUGUUAUCAUCAUUGAAGGAGGACAAGUUAUGACAUGGGGUCGAAAUGAUAAAGGCCAGCUUGGUCAUUGUGAUAAUAAGAGAAGAGAUAUUCCAACUAUUGUUGAGACUUUGAAGGACCACAAUAUUAUUUCUGCAGCUUGUGGUCGAUCGCAUACUUUAUUUCUCUCUGAAAGAGGCAUUGUGUAUGCUACUGGUGACAAUAAAAUGGGCCAGUGUGGUGUAGGAUCCCAAAAUAAUGCCAUUAAUAUUCCUACAAAGGUUUCUUUCAAAGGAAGGUCUAUUAUAAAAGUUGCUUGUGGUGCUGAAUUCAGUGUUAUUGUUGAUGUCAAAGGUGGCAUGUAUAGCUUUGGUUGCCCUGAGUAUGGACAAUUAGGGCACAACUCUGAUGGCGUAUAUUUUGUUACUAGUAACAAAUUGUCUUUCAGAUGCGAAUUAACGCCUAAGCGAAUUAUUGCAUUCAUCGAAAAGACAAGAGAAGGACAUGUGUCUUUAGUCGAUGAUGUGCAAAUAAUGAGUGUGGCUUGUGGCAUCAAUCAUACUGUUGCUAUUGACACCAAAAAGCGUUGUUACUCUUUUGGAUUUGGUGGGUAUGGGCGGCUAGGUCAUGCUGAACAAAAGGAUGAGAAAGUUCCAAGAUUAAUCAAGGCAUUUGAUGGUCCGAGGAAUGUCAGUGGCGUGAAAAAAGUUUUUGCUGGUGGUACUUACAGCAUGGCAAUUAAUGAGCUUGAUGUAUUGUUCUUCUGGGGGCAGAAUAAGAGAACCGGUGAGGCAACAAUGUAUCCCAAGCCUGUGCAAGAUCUUGUUGGUUGGCAGGUACGUGAUGUUGGAUGUUCCAAUUGCAGUAUUGUUUGCGUUGCAGACGAGAGUGUCAUUUCUUGGGGUCCAAGUCCUACUUACGGAGAACUGGGCUAUGGUGAAUCUAGGCCGAAAUCAUCAACUACUCCUCAGGAAGUAAAACCCCUAGAUGGAAUUCAUAUUCAUAAUGUUGCUUGUGGAUAUGGUCAUACACUUCUCAUUGCUCGUGAUGAUUCAGAAGAGGAAAGAAAUAAGAUCAAUCAACUGCCUGAAUAUUCACCAUGAUAGUGAUCAGUUUCUGUACAUGGUGGGUUCUGUGUUUGCAAAAUUAUUUAACUGUUGAAAGGUGCUGUUGACAUUUAAAAACCCUGGAUUGGAAAUAUAGAAUGAUGAUGAUUCUAUCCACUCUCUGAGGUGAAACUGCUGCAGCGAGAGAUUUCCCACCCUCAUGUUGUUCUUGCUGUAGCGGUUCAAGUGUGCAUUUUCAUUAUCUGACCCUAAUCCAAGAUGGCAAAAUCCAUUCCAAAAAUAAAUUUUAAAUUUUCUUCUUCACUUCAAAUUUUAUUCUGGAAAUCAAUUAAUUUUCUUUUAUUUAAUAAUUCUGCAGUAAUAACUCCAUGUACUUUUUAUAUGAAUUGAUUCAUUUUAUUAUUCAAUUAAUCAUGCUUAUUUUACUUCUUGGUAUCAUUAUUUUAUCAAACUUUUUCUGUUCAUGAUUGACUGUGUCAUAUCUGAUAAUAAAAAUAGUGUUGAAGAUAUACCCAGAAAAUGAUUAUGAACACACUUUUUAGUACCAUCUGGAUGUUUUUUGUGUAAUCAUAAUCUUUAGAAUAAUGAAAAUUUGCUAAAUUUUUAAUAAUAAUUAAAUAAAAUUUUGAACAAAUUUGUUUAAAAAAAAAAACUUGAUGCUUCCUUCUGUAUUGUUUCUUCCCAUCUCUGUGUAUGAGGAAAAUGUAGUCAUUUUUAAUCAGGACAAUAAUUCUAAAUUACUCUUAUAAUUACAAAUUAGAAAUUUAGUUCAACUAAAUAUAAAACUUCUUUCUGACUAUGCUGUUUAUAAAUUCUUUAAACAAGUUACAUUAAUGAAAAUAUCCAGAAAGAAAAUUAUGUUUUGUCCCCUGGCUCAUGAUUAAGUUUGCAAAGGAUUGAUGCUCUAUUAAUGCAAUUUUCAAGAAUAAAAUAAUUAUAUUUAUCCAGAAGAAAUGUUUUAUUGUAUUCUUGAUUAGUUUCUGUGUUUAUAAAUAGCAUAAACAUACUCAAAAUGGGCUACUCUUAGAUUAGGAGUCAGGUUUCCAUUUUAGAGUCAUGCCAAUGAUGUUUCCAAUCCAGGGUUAAAAAUUUUUCUUUUAUUUAUUAAUCAUUAAGUAAUUCAUACAUAUUCUUUUACCUAUACUGCUGUGUUAAAAAGUGAUUUAUUAUUUCAUCUUAUUUAUUUCCACUUCGAAAUUUUUACUUCUUUCCUGCAGUUUAAUAAUUUAUUUUGAUUUCUUCAACUGGGAGGAACUUUUUCUGCAAUAUUUUUUUAUUUCCAGCGUGAUGUUGCUUACAAAGCCCUUCAUUGUCAUACUUGGUGAAUACAAAGUAUUCCUUGAUUCCAAGAAAGAAGUUAUCUCAUUAACUUUCCAAUUUGUUGUUGUGUCUCAAAUUUGUAAUAAAACUAGUUACCUUGGUAAAUUUCAUUGUAUUCCUUCUUUGUUUUUCCAAGAGUGACACAAAACUAUACUAGUACUUGAUGUUAUGUCUAUACUUUUUAAGAAACUCUAAAAGUAAUAUCUAUUAUAUUAAUUUCUGUUGAUACAUUGUUGCAAAUUAAUAUGGCAUGGAUUCUUUCCUUAAUAUGUCUUUAGAAGAGAACUUAAUAUUAGCAGAUGGAUCCCAUGAUUUGUUGUGCUGCAAAGUCCCAAAGACCAGUUCUCUGUAAUCUUGAUUUGUAGAAAAUUGGGUCUAUAGCAUCUGAAUUCCUUUUAAAAAGAGAUGACCGAUUUUAUUUCAUGGAACCACAAAACAUUUUUUAAUUAUUUUAAUGGCAUUUCUAUUAAAAAUAAAUUUUUGAUUCAUUCGUUAUAUUUAUAGUUAUAUCCCAUCUAUUUAGUGCGAAAAAGUUUUUAAGAGCAGAGUAGGCAACUGGUUUUGGCAUACAUUUGUUUUAAUGCAAGCAAUGGAAGGCUUUGUGCUCACCAUGUAUCAUCAUCAGUUCUAUUAUUUGGACAGAUAAAAUGCAUAUUUGAUAUUAAAGUUUCUAUAUUUAUUCAUGUCCUGAAUUUGCACAUUUUUUGUUAAAAGAAAAACUUAGAACAGUAUUUAUGUUUGGAAAUGCACCAAGUCUUUCAGAUAAUGCAGAGAAAAAUGGAAUUUGUUCUAAGCUUAUAAACUAAUGCAAACUUCAUGUUCAUAAUUCAUUAAAAAAUCUGUUAAUUUUGUAGUUUACUUAAAAAUUAUUUACAUUUGCUGGAAAUAGGUUGCAUUUUAGAAAUAAAUAUAAUAAACAAUCAAAUGUUUAUAACACAUAUUUAUGUGGUAAACAGUUUUACAUGUACUGAAUUUGCUUAUGAGCUAUUAUAAAAGAAAGUUGUGAAUCAGUUUCUAGCUCAGGGAAAUAACUAUGAGUAUCAAAUUUCUUGCAAGAUUUUUUAAAUGAAAGUGUCUAAAACCAAUAAUGUCUGUCAUUUUUAACGUAUCAUAAUUGUUUUCACCUUUCUUGUACUGUGCAACAUAGUGCCAACAGCCAUGGGACAAUGAAUAAUGCUACAGGAUACCCAAGAAGUCCCUUUACCAUUUCCUUAUUUUGAGAACAGUAAUAAAAAUCUUUACAAAAUGAGUAAUGGAUAUUAAUAUGCUUGCCUAAUUUAAUAUGGGACCUAGUAAUUUCCCUAAUGACACUAUUCAUGACAUGAAGACAAUACUCGAUUUGGAUACUAAAUGAAAUCAUUAAGUGAUUUGGAGUCUGUAUUUUUGUUCAAUUCAGGACAUAACAUGACCAAAAUAUAGUCUGCAUAUCGUGCCUUUUGAGGGGUUUGUCUAACUGCUUCUCUUUUAUCAACAGUGUACCUGAAAUAUACAAGGACUGUGUAUCCCAAACUUUAAUAAUAACUGAUCAUGAGAUAUGUUAAUUGUUAAGGGUUUUUUUUGGAUACCCUGUUGGCAUUUUUUGUGUGAGUGUUCUAUUUAUAUAAUUACAUUCCAUUCAGAGUUUUAAACUCAUCUUAUAAAAAUAAGGAGGACCAUGAAUCAGUGUUUCCUUUUCAUUUACAUUCAUGAUAUUUUUGGUAAGAUAAAAUAACUGUGUUAUAAGUAUUAAGGGCAUAAUUUAAAUUUUUAAAUUUAAAUAAUGCCCUAUUACUUAUGAAAUAUAGAUUGCAGCUCUAAUUCUUAAUAUGUUGAGAAAUUUUUUUGUAAUUUGUUUCACUGAAGUGUGAAUGAAUGUAUUUAUGCAAUUGUGAACCAACUCCUAAUCUAAUCACUUAACUGUUUUUAAGUUCUAGAAAUGUUUUUUGUCAAUUACCUAUACAAUUUAAAAGCUGCUAUUUUAAGAGUCAAUGUCUAUAAUUAUAAAAUCUAAAGAUUAAAAACAAUUUUUAUAAAGUAAUUGUAAUUUUUUUACAUCUUACUGUUAUCUAAUUGUUACUUUUUAUUGGAAGUUGACAUUUUUAUUGUAUACAUGUACUUUAUGAGAAUGCAAAAAUUACUGUGAAAAGACAAAAAAAAAAAAAAAAAAAAAAAAAAAAGGUUAAAUUGAGUUGAGUAAAAAUUUAUUUUAAACUUUUGUUAAUUUUAUUUAUGUCUGGUUUUGUGAGAUGGUCUCAUUCAACAUUCCUUUUUCAAAAAAGUUACUUACUUAUGAUUGCAUGGUAUAGCAUUCAGCAUUUCAUUUCAUAAUAGACCAAAAGAAUGCCAUUACCUUCAUAUUAAUCCUUCAAAUAUGUCCAUUAUGGCAGGUGGGGGAGUAGUCGUGUAUAUAAUGUUGAGAAUUAAACAUAUUAGGGGUGGGGAAUGAGUGAAUAUAAUGAUAAUGUACAAGUCAUUAAAUUGAAGUAAAAUAUAAUCAGUGUUUCAUGCCAUUUCCCUUAAAACAUUAUAAAUCAAUUUAAUAAAAAAGUGAAAAGAGUCCACAAAGUUUCCUUGUUGAUUUGAGUAAAUUAGGUUUAUAACACAUUUCAGGAGUAAUACACCUACAAUGCAAUCACAAAAAAAGAUUAAGAAAUUUUGGAUUAAUGACAGAAAAUCUAUCUAAAAGUGUAGUUUGUUAUGUAAAACAAAUUUGUUGCAUAACAGACUAUAUAUUUAAUGCAAUAAUUGAUUUUGAGAAAUUCCAGCAAUAGAAUUUUUCAACAAUUAUUAUUAUUAUUAUUAAUUUUUAACAACAGUUUUGUUGUUGUUGUUUGUUUUACAAAAAAAAAAAAAAAAAAAAAGUGCAUUUGGAUAUUUAGUACAUAAGGGAAUCAAAUUAUGUUCACAAUGCUGUGAGAAAUGUAGAGAUAAAGCUUUUCUGAAAUGUAUAUUAUUUGAAAAUUUAAGAACAAUAAUGGAUAUUUUAUAUAAUACCAUUAAAGCCCUAAAAGAAGCUUCCGAUUGAAUUUUUGAUGAAAUAUGUUUUUAAUUAUCCAAAGUAGAUUCUUAUUCACUUAAUACUUCUUUUUUCAAAGUCUGUUUUUAAUAGUUGGUUCCUUAUUGCAUGGAUACAAAUUUGCAUAAACACUUAUCCUUUUAGGAUUGGUGUCAAGCCAACUUUGUAGAACAUUUCUCUUUUCAGCAUCAUAAUCAUUAUUGACACUGUAUUGCAGAAUUCAUAUAGUGAAUCAUGUUUAUAUGUGGGAGGGCUGAUAUAAAUAAUAUACAUACACACUAUCUACCAAUAAAUAAUUGGAUCUUUGAUUAAAGAGAUACACUAAUUAUUCCUAUUCAAUAGUUGAGAGAGCCACAAUCUGAGGCAAUUACAGCCUUAAUCCUCCAGGGCAGGAUUUCCAAAAGUGAUUGGAUAAUGGACAGUAGUAUUUUCUUCCAUUCGGCUUGGAGAACACAUGCAAGUUCUUUCAUCGAUUUUGGACAGUUGCUGCACCCCUUAAUUAGGAGAUCCAAUUUGUCCCAAAGGUUUUCUAUAGGAUUCAAAUCUGGACUUUGGACUGGCCAGUCCAGUCGAUUCAUCCCAUUGUCAUCAUACCAAUCCAUAGUGGACCUCGCAACAUGACAAGUAGCAUUAUCAUCCUGGAAAUAACAAUGAUUCAACCUGUAAAAAAAAUGCCACAGAGUAGGAAGUGCAUUAUCGUCUAGAAUACUGUGGAGUCGGCGUUCAGCUUACCAUGAAUUGUGAUCGUGGGAUCCAGUCCAUACCACGAGAAACAUCCCCAGGCCAUAAUUCCACCUCCGCCAAACUUUACUGUAGGCACAAUGCAUUCUGACAAAAGGAAUUCUCCUUUUGUCCGAUUGCUAGAGAUUGAACCUUGAUUCCUUACUCUAGAGAAACCUUCUUCUCAUCUACAGUCCAAUUUCGACGUGCCUUCCACCAACUCAACCGAACCACGCAGUUGGAUUUUGUAAUCAGACUUAUGAGUGGCAGCACGACCAUGGAAAGCAAGCAAUUGUGCUUCCUUGCAGAUGAUAUUUAUCGAAACAGCAAUCCUGGAUGCUUGCUGGAAUUCCUGGAGUAUGUGGGCCAUUGGUUUUGUGCGUUUUUCCGAUUUUCUUUGGACAGCACUCGUGGCUCUGCUGGGUCCAAACACAUUCCGACAAUCACCAUUGCAUUCCACUUCUUAAUCACGAAAGCCACGAUCGAUUUUGGAAUGUUUAACUAACUAGAUAUGUCCCUUAAUUAUCGACCAUUUCUAUGAUAUCCGGCCUUUCUCGAAAUCAGGCGGCUCUGAAUUUCGUUGCAUAUUGCUUGAGGCUAAUGCCAAUGUUGUUUCCUACACGUUAUUUCAGUACAGAAGGAGUGACGUAGAUCAGGACCACAGAUUCCCUCAUUUGCACGGGUGUUCAAAUACUUAUUGGUAGAUAGUGUGUGUGUAGGUUUAUAUAUAUGAUAUGAAUAAUGAAGCAUUUACUAGGAAUCUUUCUCAAUAUUCCUUUUGUAUUGCUCAUCACAGCUGCUUAUAUAUUUCAUUGUCUUAAAAUGUGCCCUUAUGAAAACGAGACUAUGGUUAUAUUUAAAGAAGAAUUAUUUUUCAUAUGUAACAGUGAUACCUACAUGUAAUGACUAAAUGCUUUGUUCUAUGGUUGGGCAUGGAUGACUUCAGUGUACAUUUCUCAGGUUGCUCUUGCACGGAGUUUCCCAUGCACUUCCAAGUUAUAGGAGAACAUUAACAUUUUACUGAUUUUUAUGAGGAUCUGAAAGUAUGUCAUUUAUUACGUUAUAUGAGUUGGUCUCUCUUUAAAAUUGAAGUAACAGGUUAAGUGGCUUUUCACAUAUGUCCGUUUAUUUCUCAGCAACAUGCUCACUAUCGGCUGUUUCUCUCUCUCUCUUUUUACCAGUCAGUGAAUGGAGAUCAGAUUUAGGAAAAGAAAUUGACUUUCAUGUCAAAAUAAUCUUUUUCUGAAUUAUGAGAACUGCUAUUUCAUUAACCCAUUGCAAUUAAACCAAAUGUUACUGUAUUUACAUACUCUCUUUUUCAUCUGGGCUUUCUGUCAUUGUCAUACAGCAUAAUGAGCAUUGGUUUUAAUUUUAAAUACUUUAUUACCAUAAUGAGCACUUAUAAAUUUUAUACAUUUGUUUUAUAAUCUCUUUACGUUUUAAAUAAAGUGAGACUUUUUUAA